UAUAAUAGAAUAUACCGACAAACAUCAACAGGUAGCGCUAGUGAAGCCCUUGCGUGAUGACGCACCAGUUUACGUAACUUGACGUCGUGUACCUCGGUGCUAACAGAUAGCUAAGUGGCUAGCCGCACCGUAACUUGGCUUCAGUAGCCGGGAACGAAGAGGACAACCGACUGGAAACAACGCAUAACUCCGUAGAAAUAAACUCUCCAGUUCAAUUGGAGGGUCGCGGCCUGGUCACCAGCAUGGCUCUGCAAGGCCCAGUGGAGCUGGAAGAGCAGGUUGAAGAGCCAGAAGACCUGGACGACCAGGACGCUAGUAGUAUUUCCCCGGCCGAAGAGAUGACUCUGCCAGUCGGACCUGGAGGCGGCGAGGAAGCGGAGGAGGCUCUGUUGUUGCCGUGGGACCGCUUCUCUUCCUGGCUGCACUGCAUUUGCGUGGUGGGCUUCGACCUGGAGCUGGGACAGGCAGUAGAGGUUAUUUAUCCUCAUCACUCCAAAUUGUCUGAGAAAGAGAAAACCAGCAUAUGCUAUCUUUCCUUUCCAGACUCCAACUCAGGUUGUCUCGGAGAUACACAGUUCUGCUUCCGCUUUCGUCAGGGUUCAAACAGGAAGUCGUCAAUCAGCUGCUUCCUGGAAUCAACAGACUGGGAUGCACCACCAUGUCUCAAGCGGGAGCAGGUCCAUUACUAUGGUUGCGUGUAUUUCCGUCAGGUGCGCGACAAGUCUCUAAAGAGAGGAUACUUCCAGAAGUCUUUGGUCUUGAUCAGUAAACUGCCCUAUGUGACUUUCUUCCACUCCGUGCUGAAAAUCAUGGCUCCAGAAUAUUUUGAGAAACAGGAGCCAUGCCUGGAAGCAGCAUGCAACGACAUUGACCGCUGGCCAACGCCUCGUCCUGGUAGGAUCCUCACCCUUCCAAUCAUGGGCGUCGUCAUCAAGGUCAGAAUCCCAACCUGCUAUGACAAACCAGGAACAUCCCAGCUCGUCCAGUCAGCCCAGAAUGACAGCCUAGUCUCCAUCGUCCUCCCAACCAUUCAUGAAGUGGAUCUCUUCAGAUGUUUCUAUCCAGUUUUCUUCCACAUCCAGAUGCUUUGGGAGUUGGUUCUGCUGGGAGAGGCACUGGUCGUCAUGGCCCCCUCACCAGCAGAGUCGUCAGAAACCGUGUUGGCUCUCGUCAGCUGCAUUGCUCCUCAGCGUUACUAUAGUGACUUCCGGCCUUACUUCACCAUCCACGACAGUGAGUUCAAGGAGUACACCACCAGGACACAGGCCCCGCCGUCAGUUAUACUGGGAGUGACAAACCCAUUCUUCGCUAAAACGCUGCAGCACUGGCCACACAUUAUCCGCAUUGGUGACAUGAAGCAAGCAGUAGGAGAAAUGGCCAAACAGAUGAAAAUCAAGAAGCUUAAAAACUUGAAAACACUGGACUCCAAACCAGGCGUCUACACGUCUUACAAGCCAUAUCUUAACAAAGACGAGGAAAUAAUCAAACAGCUGCAGAAGGGCAUCCAGCAGAAGAGACCUCCAGCUGCCCAGAAUGCCAUCCUUCGUCGGUACUUCCUAGAACUGACACAGAGCUUCAUCAUUCCACUGGAGCGCUAUGUCGCCAGUUUGAUGCCCCUGCAGAAGUCCAUCAGCCCCUGGAAGAGUCCACCUCAGCUGAGACCCUUCAUCCAGCAGGACUUCAUGAAAACUCUGGAGAAGGCCGGACCUCAGCUCACGUCGAGGCUGAAGGGAGACUGGAUCGGUCUCUACAGACAUUUCCUCAAGUCUCCAAACUUUGACGGCUGGUUCCGCAGCAGGAGGAAGGAAAUGACCCAGAAACUGGAGGCACUACACUUGGAGGCGCUAUGUGAAGAGGAUCUGCAGAUGAGAAUCCAGAAGCACACUGAGGUGGAGACUGUCGAUCUGGUCCUGAAGCUUAAAGACAAACUGAACCAGGCGGAGAAAGAGAAGCUGCCCAUACGUCCUGGAACUCUGUCCAAACUGAGGGACCACAUUGAGGCUGUAAUCCUGACUCUUCCAGAGGACCUCCAGGGCAUCCUUCACAAGCCGUGCAUGCCCUGACACUCAAUCCUGACUUAACCCUGCAACCGUGGCUCCAGCAGAACUUGUUUUAGAGUUUAUGGGGUUCUCAUUUGUUGCCCCCAACCCAGUGAGAGGACGAAAAGGUUCUGAACUGAUGGAGGUGACAAGACAUCUUAGAGGGUGUAUUCCGCGGAGUCCAGACAGAAAGACGCUCGGACAGAUCCAUCAGAACGCCCCCUCUUGGCUUAUUAAUGAUGGGAUCUGUUGAGAGAGUCACUGGAUCUUACAUGACCUUUGACCCUGACUGAGUUGUACUCUGCGACAUUUUAGUUUUUUUUUUGUUUUUUUUUGUUUUUUUUAACUCGACAUCAAACUGCAAGUGAAAGUGACCCCUGAGGUUCUCAUCCAGUUUUGGAAUCUUCCGGUAGAAGUGCACUUCAUCUCCAAGGGAAACAUGGUCUUCCCUGGAUACAGCAGCAAACAACACUCAGACCAACAGAUAGAAAAGAGACGCACAACUGAAGCACCAGCAACCCUGCAAUAAUCUUUCAAUACCAGUUUCAGCCAGUCAGGCUUCUUGAAUCACGUGACCCGCAGUCGUAAAUACUCCUGGAUCUAACUUUUUUUUUUUUUUUAGUGCUAUUUUUAAGACUGAAUCCGAAGCUCGAUUGCCAGCCAUCAACUUUAUUUUACCUGAUCAUGAGGCUGUUUUUCCACGCAAUCGAUGAAUUUAAUGUCGCUUCACUGAUCUCCUGUAGGUGUCGCCAAAUAUUCUUGUAGUGAAGUUAGAUGAGUUGCAGGCGAACAUGGCUUAUGUUUUUCAACUCUACUUUUUAAUGCAGACUGAUCAUAAGAUAUGAGAAUAUUAAAAAAUAUUUAUAAUAUCUGCUAAAAUUGGACUAACACCCUUUAAAUGUUAAACAAAGGCAGCCACACCGAAACAUUUAGACAGCGUUUCAUGUCUGGCCAUGCUGUUAACAGAUGUUCCAGUCAAGUCAAAGGUGUUGGUCUGAGCAAUAAUAGUUCAAAUGACCCGUCGUUCCACUUCUGUUGAUAUGACAAUUCUUAUCAAGCAGUUCUUUUUUUUGUUUUUAUGAGUGUGUGGAAGACACUAUUUCAUUGUUUGUGAUUUUAACAACCUUGGAUGUUUUUUUUAACCUGAGAAUGUGUGUACAGACUGUUGUACAGUUAUUUUGCUAUGACACCAGAUGUGUUGAAUACAGUGAUGUCAUCACCACGUCUGCUUGCUAGUCUUCAUUGCAACUGUGUUGAAUUAGUGCAAACAUCAUACCUUCCGGGAACGGCUUUUUCUGUGAUAGCUCUCAUUUGAACUCGCAGUACUA